UUUUCGCAAAUCAUGUGCAUCUCCAGUGUACGAUGUGGUCGUACUUAGCGAGGUGGUUGCUGGUGGUCGUCGCGGCCGGAGUGCCAAGCGGCGCCUUUGAAGAGCCGUCGAUCUACCUCCGAGUCGACGGGGAACCGAACUCCACCUACGAGGCCUUCGCCGCCGCCGGCGCCUCCUCGUGCGGUGUCCGGUGCCGAAAUACAGGCUGCAGAGUAUGGUCCUGGACGCCCCAAGAGAAGCUGUGCAGCUUCCACGACUCCUUCCUGCCCAGCUCUUUCCCGAGCCCCCAGGCUGGCGUGCAGACCUUCGUCGCUGCCGUGAGGCUGCACGGCUUCCUAUACGUGCUCCUGGACGUCGGCGCGCAGAGCUGGCUCGAGGCGCGGGAUCUCUGCCUCAAGGUUAAGGGCAUUCUGACCUACACCGAGGAUACUGAGUGGAUGUUGAGUGUACUGGGUUUUUAUGGAAAGGACGGAUUCUACUUGGGCCUAGAGAAGGAUCCCAACAACGAACUGUGGUUUGACCAGCAGGGUCGGGCCUUCGAAAACAGUUCCAUCCCGUGGGGGCUAGGAGAGCCCGAUGAAGGCGAGCCAUGCAUGGCUAUGUGGUCCACUGUAGGCAACGUCUAUUGCGAGUCCGUGUUCGCACUUCCCUCUCUUUGUAAGAUAACAGAGUGAUAAUAUUGUGGGAUUUAUGAGAACCACAAGAAUAACAGGAAGAGAGGAAGACAGUAUGUAACACUGUAAGGUAUCAGCCAUCAAGAUGUUAAACAACCAAAUCAUUAUGCUAAAACAAUAACAGGGACAAAAUUGAGAGUCAGCACAUCCAAAAGUUAUUAGGCAAGGUUCUUAAAUGUAUAACUGCUCUUUCUGCAAUUGCUCUGUGGCAAGAACGUGGACCUUUCGUAAAUUUCAGUCCCUACAAAACAACCUUUAUAGUUAACUCUACACUCCCUUAAGGGUUUUUAGGCUGUCGGCUGCCUGUGUUUGGCAUAUAGAAGUGUUAAGCUUCUCCAUGGCUCUGUGUAUUCACAUAUUCUUCACCUUGCUUUACUGACUGAUAUUACACGUUUUGGGAUGAAUGUGUGGCCAAAGUGUAUUUAUGAUUUAAAGAACUAACAAAGGAAAUAAUUAUCGUUCUAGCUUAGAAAGUUAUGAAGAUGAAACCAUUCCGAGACCUUCCUUAAGCUUUGAUCAUAUUUUCUCAUUUUAUAUUGAAUGUAUUUUAUUAAAAGUAAACACUCAUUUCUUCAUACUUGUAAGGAAACAAGUGUUUAGUUAAUAUCUAGAUUACAGGAUUUUAGGAACUGAAAACUUAUAAGUUAUAAGGAAAUAAUGCCGACAGUUUUCAAAACGGGUUGGUUCAUCAAAGGAUGAGGAUGCAAAGGUCUGUUCAUUUUUUUUACUAAUUUGUCAUUAGGUAAUUUCGGACAGAUGAUGUCUAAUCAUAACAUACACUACAGAUCGUGGAAGUGAUACCAUAAGUGAGACAUGAGGCCCUGCGCAUAAGAAUGGGAGACGCACCAAAGUAAAACAAACAAUAUAUCUUAAUUAUGUUUAAGCCCUCGAUCUUUACUUCCUGUGAUGCAUGGACAAGCAGAGAACAUGGCAUAUGAGCCUUCCUUUCUUCUCAUAACCUGAGACUUUCUCAGAUAAUAAGUUCCCAAGACGACCCAUCAGAAAACCAGUCCUUGACCACUCUCCAAUUGUUCAACUUAUCACACUCUCCCUUUCCCCUUUUCUAGCAACCGCGCAACCGGGACCUGUCUGAUAACAUGCCAUUCACUCGUGAACUUGCAGAUCAUCUACAGCCAAUACAAUCUCAAACUAAACAAAGGGGGCAGGGGAAGGGAGUGGCAAAGGACUCCCAGAAAGGAGAGUACCAUGACUCGGAAGGGCGAUGCUUUAAGUAAAUCUCGAAUAAAAAUAAGAAUAUGGAAGUAAAAAAAAAAAAAAAAAAAAAAAAAAAAAAAAAAACGCAAGGAAGAGUCGGUUAUUAUUAUCAUUUUUUUCUUUAAGCGAAUUCUCUAUUUCACUCUACUAGACUUGCAACCAUUCACUCAAGGGGUAAAUCAAAUAGUCUUGUAGAGAGUGGGUGCAUGUAAGGGUAUGCAACAAAACAUUGUUUUCGUAAUCAUGAAUUAUUACUAUGUAAGUUUAAAGAACAUGAACUUUAUUCUAAACAUAUAUGCAGUUAAACUAUUGUUUUUUUGGCAGUUCCAUGAAAGAUUGGAGAGGGAAUUAUGGAUGAAUUUGCUACAUGGUUAAUAAUAAUUUCAUAUAUAUUUAACUACAUGAUUAUUAAUAGAAUCUCCCUUUUAA